AUGCUCCGUCGCAUCACCUCCCCCUCCAACGUCAACAUCGCUCGUCGUCUCAUCCUCAAUCCUCUCACCUCCUCCACCAGAAUGUCCUCCACCAAGGCCCAGACACAAUUCAACCAGGUCCUCAAGACCGAAAUCGAGUCCAUCAAGGCCGCAGGCACCUACAAGUCUGAGCGUGUCAUUGUCUCCCCCCAGAACUCUGCCAUCAGGGUUGCCGGCAAGGAUGGCAAGGUCUCUGCCCAGGUCAACUUUUGCGCCAACAACUAUUUGGGACUUGCUGACCAUCCCGAGGUCAUUGCUCGUUCUAAGCACUUUCUUGAUACCCACGGCUCUGGACUGAGCAGUGUUCGUUUCAUCUGUGGUACUCAGAACAUCCACAAGGACCUUGAAAACCAGAUCACAAAGUUCUACGGCACCGAAGAUACUAUCCUUUACGCUUCCUGCUUUGAUGCCAACGCUGGUAUCUUUGAGACCAUCCUCACCGACCAGGAUGCCGUAAUCUCUGACUCCUUGAACCACGCCAGUAUCAUCGAUGGAAUUCGUCUUUGCAAGGCUAAGCGUUUCCGCUACAAAAACUGCGAUAUGAAUGACCUUGAGGCUCGCCUUCAGGAGGCCGACAAGGCCGGCGCCCGCCUCAAGUUGAUCGCCACGGAUGGUGUGUUCAGCAUGGACGGCAAGAUCGCCCCAUUGGACAAGAUCUGCGAUAUUGCCGAAAAGUACAACGCCUUGAUCUUUGUGGACGACUGCCAUUCGACCGGCUUCUUGGGACCCAACGGCCGCGGUACCGCUGAAUACUUUGGUGUCCAGGAUCGCGUCCACAUUGUCAACUCUACUCUUGGAAAGGCGCUUGGAGGCGCUGCUGGUGGCUACACCACCGGCUGCAAAGAGAUGAUUGAUUUGCUUCGCAACCGCUCCCGCCCCUAUUUGUUCUCGAACAGUUUGCCCCCAGCUGUUGUGGGCUCUGCCAGCGCCGCAUUGGAUCUCAUCGAAAGUGCAAAGACGAAUGGACUGUUUGACCAGCUUUGGGGCAACACCACGCUUUUCCGCAAGCUUCUUGGAGACGCCGGCUUUACCAUCAAGGGCGACAACCACCCCAUCUCACCUGUUAUGCUGGGAGAUGCUCGCCUUGCUUCGGAAUUUGCCGACAAGAUGUUGCAGCGUGGUAUCUACGUGGUUGGCUUCUCGUACCCAGUGGUUCCUAAGGGAGAGGCCCGUAUUCGCGUCCAACUGUCGGCAGCACACUCUGAAGAACAGAUCCGUCAGGCUGCCGCUGCUUUCAUUGACAUUGGCCGCGAGCUUGGCGUCAUUGGCGCCAAGAGCAAGCUCUAG